UUUGACAUGACUAUGUCUCCUGCACUCUUGUUCCUGUCCCUGUGUCCUCUCCUACUGAGCGCCUAUCAGGCUCCUGAGGACAAGGAGGACAUCUUUACCACCCGAUCGUGUCCUGCGUUCCUGGUGUUUGAUAACGCAGCGUUCAUGGCUGACAUGACCGUGGAGCUGCCGUGUCACUGUAAACCAGCAGACGUUCUUUCAGUGGUGUGGUACUAUCAGAAGCACCUGAGUCCCAACAGCGCCAGGGUCCUGACGGACUUCUCGGGCACUGCGAUAACGGAUUCAUCUAAAGUUGGAAGUGAAGUGAACCUGCGUGAGCGCUUUUCGAUCCGUUUAUUCAGCCUGCUCAUCUUCCGGGCGCAGCACAGCGACUCCGGGCAUUACGUCUGCGGCACGGCAUCGGGUCAGUUCUUCUACGGAUAUGAUGUGGACAUUCAGGUUUCUAUAAAUAUUCUCUUUCCCGAGACCUUGGACAAACCAGCCGCACCACAGGAACUCAAGUCCAACCCGAACCAGCAGUUUCAGGUGUUUACCAGCUACUGGCCUUGGUCCGUGUGUGACCGGUGCGACGUACGAGGUGAGCAGGUCCGAGUGGGCCUCUGCUAUGUCAAGAGUGAUUAUUUACAAGUGCGCUAUAUUCAUCAGGUCAAAAACGUGAUCUCGUGUGGUUCCUCUGCGGUUCCUCUGCACUUCGGGCUGAGUGGUACGGGUUACGGGGCCGAGCUCAACGUCCGAGCCUGCGAAUCUUUCUGCCCUCCAAAACCUCCAGUCAAUCCACAGCGACAAGCUCUGCUCGAGUUCCUCGGAUACAGCAAUCCAGCUUCUCCGGGAGUUCCAGUCUACUACCAUAACCAGCCAUCAAACACUGAUCUCAUCCUGUCGUGUCCUAAAGCGAGACCCGAGCACGCAGUGGCGUGGGAUAAAGGCUCCACUCCGCUUUAUCUCUCUCAGUACAUGUACGGAGUGGAUACAAACCAGCGUGUGUUUAUAGAUCUAGGUCACCAUCUUCACUUCAGACCCGUGAGAACGGAGGACAAAGGGACGUACCACUGCUGGAUCCAGGGCAGAAAGGCUGCUGAGAUCAGACUCGGGGUGUUUAAGGAGCUCGGGCGAAGGCGCGGCUUACUUGACCCCGAGUCUCUGUUUGGACUCCGCUUCAUCCUCCAGUGCUACGCCGGUUUGACUGCUGUGUUUCUCCUCUUCGUAUCUGUUCGAUUCGUUUGUGAACUAAUGUCAGAACUCAAAGCCCUGGGAUAGCUUCCAAUAAAUGUGUUUUUAU